ACUGGAACGAUUCGCCCGACGUCAUGUCUGGAGAGCGUCCAUGGACCGAGAGCGCCGACUUCGUCGCUCGUUACAGACUUCUCCAUGCUUCCAAUGCUUCCCUUGCCACAAUCGUUCCGUCGAUUCCUCUGCCGUCACUCGUCCAAGCUCGGCUGAACGCGACAAAUCUAACGUGGACGAGUCUGCCUCCGUAUGCACAGCUCGCGCUUUUGUGGGAUUCCGGCGCUGUUCUGACGAAGGAUGGAGACAACGAUGCAUUUGUGCAAGUGUACGUUCGUCGUGCAAACGUGACGAUGGCGGAUAUCAUGGCGCCAUUCCCCAAUACCACCUUGACCUUGUGCAGCAAUCCCAAACGUCAAGAUCCUGUAAACUUUGCCGCCAUCGAGACACAAGCACGAUGUGCGAUCGCGCUCAUUGCGCCUUCAAUUGCCAUGAUAAAUUCCAGUGCGUGGUCGCAAGGAGCGGCAACGAUUGAGCCAUCGACACUGUCGUUGCGGGUGUUUAGGCACACCGACCCCAUCUCCAAUCGCGUGUUCCCAGCUGUCCACUCGAUCUUGACCGAGACGCCGCUGGGCGCAUGCCCGCCUUCUCCUCUUUCCCAAGGACUCAUCAUUCCUUGUGUCCCGCUCACUGGAAGCUCUUUUGUCCUGCCUACGCCAAGUGCAGCCAUGAACACGUGGCUGAACGACAUUCGCACGAGCCAAAGAGCCGUCGUUUCGAAUGCCGACGGCUUCUCAAACGAUCCACAUGCUCUGGCGUGGGGAAUUGCCUGUGGCGUGUUCGCGGUGCUGGUGCUUGUGAUGGGUGCGUUGUACAGGUCGUGGAUGCCAAAAGCCCCGCAGCGACCAGCCCCCGAGGCUGCCGUCGACCUUGACGUGUUCCAAUUGAUACCGCAGUCAGCGACGAGCCAGCCUCGCAUGCCACGCUCCGCGAGUCAGGCGCAUCUUGGUUCGCAGAUCCUUCCACCGCACAAUCCCGUUGCAUCAACGCUUGCCAUGCUAAACGACAUCCUCUCUAGCGUUCCAGCCUCCAUGCACCUGGACCGGGCCAGCGUCGCAUGCGACCACUUGGUCGCAUCGACAGCACACUGGGAAGUUCACUACGGCUUUUACAACCACCGCCCCGUCGCUAUCAAAACCCUCCCAACCGAUUCCAGCAGCGACACCCUCGGCCGGGCCAGCGAACUCGUGGCGUUUGCGAGGGAAGUGCGGGUCAUGGCGGCGAUUUCCCACCCGAAUAUCGUCGCGUUCAUCGGGUUUGUGUGGUUGCCAGACGACAAAGCGGACGUCAUGUCGGCUGUCGCCGAGUACAUGCCCCAAGGCACGUUGGCGAGUUUUCUCGCAGACAACGGCCCGAUGCAGUGGCGGCUCAAGGCCUCGCUUGCCCUCGAUGUAGCUCUCGCGCUGCAGUACCUGCAUUUCGUAGUUCAUCCUGCUGUGAUUCAUCGCAGCCUCACGUCAAAGAACAUCCUGGUCGAGUGGCCGCAUGUCAAGCUGAGCUGCUUUGGUCUGUCAAGGCUCCAUUGCAACGACGCCGCGUUUGUGCCAGAUAAACACCAUCUCUACUCGGCCCCCGAAGUCCUCUGCAGCGACGCCUCGCAGACCUCCAUUGCCUCCGACAUGUACUCGUUUGGAUGCCUCCUCGCCGAGCUCGACACCCAGGCACCGCUGUACGCGAAUCUGCGCAUGCCGCCCGAGCACAUUGUAUACAAGGUUGUGCGGAAUGGCCUGCGACCGACGGCGCACGAGUCAUGUCCAGAGCCGAUUCGGUCCUUGAUGGACAUGUGUUUGGCAACGGCCCCAACGAACCGACCGACCGCGAUGGACGCUGUGCACCACCUACAGGCGAUGCUGCGGAGUGAAAUCGGCCAACUCGUCUAAUGCAAGUAAAAUAUCUCGAUGGAAUGGAA